AUGGCGGUGGGCGCGAAGCUGCACCUCUCGCCGGCCGCCCGGCGCCCGACGCUGCCCCAGCUCCUGGCCGUCGCGCUGCUCUGCUCCGCGUCCUACCUCGCCGGCGUCUGGCACCACGGCGGCUUCACCGCUGCCCCCGCGGCCGGCGGCGGUGGCGCCUCCCCCUCCCCCGUCUCCAUCGCCACCGCCGCCUCCGUCGCCUGCGUCUCUCCCACCACGGCCGGCGUCGCCCGCGUCGGCGGCGCCCCCCUCGACUUCGAGGCGCACCACGCCGCGGACGACACGGAGGCGGUGAACGCCGCACCGGCGCGGCGCGCGUACGAGGCGUGCCCGGCCAAGUACUCCGAGUACACCCCGUGCGAGGACGUGGAGCGGUCGCUGCGGUUCCCGCGCGACCGGCUCGUGUACCGGGAGCGCCACUGCCCGGCGGAGGGCGAGCGGCUGCGGUGCCUCGUCCCGGCGCCCAAGGGGUACCGCACCCCGUUCCCGUGGCCCACCAGCCGCGACGUCGCGUGGUUCGCCAACGUGCCGCACAAGGAGCUCACCGUGGAGAAGGCGGUGCAGAACUGGAUCCACGUCGACGGCGACAAGUUCCGCUUCCCGGGCGGCGGCACCAUGUUCCCCCACGGCGCCGGCGCCUACAUCGACGACAUCGGCAAGCUCAUCCCCCUCCACGACGGAUCCAUCCGCACCGCGCUCGACACCGGCUGCGGGGUGGCGAGCUGGGGAGCGUACCUGUUGUCACGCAACAUCCUGGCCAUGUCGUUCGCUCCGCGGGACUCGCACGAGGCGCAGGUACAGUUCGCGCUGGAACGCGGGGUGCCGGCGAUGAUCGGCGUCCUCGCCUCCAACAGGCUCACCUAUCCUGCACGCGCCUUCGACAUGGCGCACUGCUCCCGCUGCCUCAUCCCCUGGCAGCUCUACGAUGGGCUGUACUUGAUCGAGGUGGAUCGCAUCCUUCGUCCUGGGGGCUACUGGAUCCUGUCCGGGCCACCGAUCAACUGGAAGAAGCACUCGAAGGGGUGGCAGAGGACCAGGGAGGAUCUGAACGCAGAGCAGCAAGCCAUCGAGUCAGUCGCCAAGAGCCUCUGCUGGAAGAAGAUCAAGGAGGUUGGCGACAUUGCGAUCUGGCAAAAACCUACCAACCACAUCCACUGCAAGGCCUCCCGCAGAGUCAUCAAGUCCCCGCCGUUCUGCUCCAAUAAAAACCCAGACGCUGCCUGGUACGACAAGAUGGAGGCUUGUAUAACUCCCCUCCCGGAGGCUAGUGACAUCAAGGAGGUCGCCGGCGGUGAGCUGAAGAAGUGGCCGCAGAGGCUCACUGCCCUGCCACCCAGAAUUGCCAGUGGCAGUAUUGAGGGGGUCACUGCCGAAAUGUUUAACGAAGAUACCAAGUUAUGGAAGAAGAGAGUUGGGCACUACAAGUCCGUGAUAAGCCAGUUUGGGCAGAAGGACCGGUACGGCAACUUGCUCGAUAUGAAUGCGCGCUUUGGCGGCUUCGCUGCGGCAUUGGCGGGUGACCCUAUGUGGGUCAUGAACAUGGUCCCAACCGUUGGAAAUUCAACGACCCUUGGGGUGAUAUACGAGCGUGGCCUCAUUGGAAACUACCAAGACUGGUGCGAGGGCAUGUCCACCUAUCCCCGGACCUACGACCUCAUUCAUGCUGAUUCAGUUUUCAGUCUGUACAAGGACAGGUGCGAGAUGGACACCAUCCUGCUGGAAAUGGACAGAAUCCUGAGGCCGGAGGGCACGGUGAUCAUCAGGGACGACGUGGACCUGCUAGUGAAGAUAAAGAGCGUCGCGGACGGGAUGAGAUGGAAUAGCCAGAUCGUGGACCACGAAGACGGUCCGCUCGUCCGGGAGAAGCUCCUCCUUGUUGUGAAGACAUACUGGACACUCGGGGACGAGAAACAAUAG